UGUUGCUUCCGCAGAUGAAAGAAACGAUCAUGAACCAAGAGAAGCUCGCCAAACUGCAGGCCCAAGUGCGCAUCGGAGGCAAGGGUACUGCCCGCAGAAAGAAGAAGGUUGUUCACAGAACAGCUACAGCAGAUGACAAGAAACUUCAGUUUUCGUUGAAGAAAUUGGGAGUCAACAAUAUUUCUGGAAUUGAAGAGGUAAACAUGUUCACCAGCCUAGGGACAGUCAUUCACUUCAAUAAUCCUAAAGUCCAGGCAUCUCUGGCUGCUAAUACUUUCACUAUCACUGGCCAUGCUGAGACAAAGCAGCUGACAGAAAUGCUUCCUAGCAUCUUAAACCAGCUGGGAGCUGACAGUCUGACCAGCCUGAGGAGAUUGGCAGAAGCCCUACCCAAGCAGUCUGUGGAUGGAAAGGCACCACUUGCUACUGGUGAAGAUGAUGAUGAUGAAGUUCCUGAUCUUGUUGAAAACUUUGAUGAAGCUUCAAAGAAUGAGGCAAACUGAAAAAAGUUUUACUUUCUGAAUAAAGCUAAACCUUGAAAAAGCUGUGUGGAGCUGCUAUUUUAUAUUGUGACUGCUUUGAUUUUAUUUUUAUUUCCUGAUGAUAUCUCAAAUAUCCUCCUGUGAUAUUUGGAAACUCCUUGAACCUGCAGCUCUUUAGUUACUGCUUGUACACAAUAUUAUUUUUGUGGCCUGAUUGAACAAACCUAUAUGCUGAAAUAAGUACGAUUGCUAACAAAUGUCUGCCUAGACACACUUUUUGAGAAACUUGUAUACAAGCAAAACCCCAUCUUGAAUGAACUUUGGCAUACAAUAAAAAUAUAA